AUGCGAGAUCAAGUGGUGGUGCUCACACUGAAUGCAACUGAAACGAAUCACACUGACUUGGAAUGGAAAGCGAAUGAAGAUGCCAUUCAGCAAUGUCGGAUGAAGGGACAGAGCGAGGCACGACAAAGGCAAAUGAAGCCUUUCUACGGUCAACGGGCACCCUUUGAUCAACUACGUUAUUUCGUCAUUGAAACUCAGGAUUGGUGCAAGAAUUACGUUCGGAUACUGGCCAUCAAGAGCAGAGGAGACCUGAAGACGGAGGUGUUAAUCUGUGGAACUCAUGCCUUUCAACCGCAAUGCAGAAACAUGGGAGGACCCCAGAAUGACAAGCCAUGGGAUGAGGAGGAAGGGCGUGGACGGAUGAACUUUCGCAUGGAUUUCCUCUCUGCCCUUUUGUUUCCUUUCUCUCUGUUCCCACACAUGUACACAGAUAAAAAGCUCUAUGUGGGAACGGUGCUUGACUUUGGAGGAAUCGAUCCAGUGAUCUACCGAAGGCCUGACAAAAAUGACGAGAACAACUAUCCUCUACGAACCGAGCAGUAUGACCUCAAGCAGCUCAACGAACCACAUUUCGUGAGCUCUCUGGAAGACGAUGAUUACGUCUAUUUCUUCUUCCGAGAAAGAGCCUGUGAAGUUUCUCAAUGUGGAAAGGAUGUAAUGCACUCGCGAGUCGGUCGG